AUGUACGCUCGCCGUGUCGCGGUGCGAACGCCGCUCAGAUGCCUCACCACGCUCCCCCCCGCGGGUCGCAGCCUGGUCUUCAGCCGUGCCGGCGCGGUCGAGCCCGGCGUCGAGAUCAAGGACCUCGCGCAGAUUCGCGCCGGGCUCGACGCCCGCUACGACCAUCGCUACCGCCAGCCGUCGCGCCAGUGGAUCCAGCAAAACAUCCCGUCCGCCGCCGCGCCCCUGUACCGCCUGCUCGACGACGCCCCCGCCGCGUUGUCGCGUCGUGAAAAGGACCACAUCGUGUCGUCGCUCAGCGCGGCCGUCUACGACAAGGCCAGCCACACCUUCUACAUGCGCACUCCCGCGCUGCAGGCCGCGCCGCUGGCCGCGGGCGACCUGGUGCUUCUGCGCUCCAGCCCCAGCCAGCUCUCCAUGUGCGUCGAGGUCCCCACGGACGCGUCCGACCCGCGCUUCACCUUCGCCACCAUCGACGGCAGCCUGCAGUUCGCCUCCCGCAGCAUGGUGCUGCUGCGCAUCCCGUCGUUCUACACCCGCCCCGCGCCCCAUCUCAUCCAGCCAGAAACCGCGUCCCCCGGCGCCGCUCGCAUCGGCACCGUCAAAAACUCGCCCGACCGCACUUUCGUGUUGCCCAUCCUAGCGCGCCGCCUCCGCACCUCUUACAUCCCGUUCGAAGUCACCAAGGCCGCGUGGGACCAAAUGCCCGCCGUCACCCGCAAACUCGAGCUGCUGCACAGGUUCUUGCAGCGCUCCUCGGGCCCUUGGCAAGUGUCCAUUUUCACUCUGUGCGCGCUGGUGUCGCAUUUCGACCUCGCAAAGGCCAGAACCCUGCCGACCGAACACUACCUCGACGCGCUCUUCUCCAAAGUGGGCUUCAAAGAUAGCAUCCACUCGCUCGGCGGGCGCCACCUCCACCCGCAGCCACCCACCCGCGUCGACGCGGCGUGCUUCGUGGCCACCUUCUGGGCCCUGCUCCAGCAACAGGAGUACAACCUGUGGGGCAAAAUACAUACCCACUCCGCUUUACUGACCCCGAUCUCCGUCACAGUGCUUCCCCUCCAGUCACAGCACCUUUACUACGAAAAAACACUUCAGGCUUUGAAAAAGGACAACUAUCGCUCGCUGGAUGAGUUUGCCCACUUGGUCAACACCCACGAUUAUCAGCCAAUCCCGACUCGUUUCCCGGAAAUCGUCCAAUUGCUGCAAGACUACGCAGCUGGCAACUUCCACAACAACGGCGCCAUUGUCACGGUCACCUCUAAAAUCUUUCGCAGACUCGCAGGCUACCAAGACGAGGACGUGACCUCUGACCUGUGCCAUGAUCUUUUGAAAAAACUUAUUCCACAGACCAUCCCCAACCCGCUUUUGCUAAACAAGGAUCUUGCCCUUGCCACCUCCUCCGAGCGCACAUGCUUGGAGCAAAAAGUGUUCGACCUAUCCACGCCCAACCACAUCGACGACGCCCAGCUGAGGAAAGAUUUCGGAAAUCUCAAUGUAUAUUGUAUUGACUCCGACACGGCCCACGAAAUAGAUGACGGCAUUUCUAUCGAACAUCGAGGUGGCAAUCUCUACACAUUGCAUGUGCACAUUGCAGACCCAGCCUCGCUAUUCCAAAAGAUCACAGACGAUGCUGCCCGGGACGACGUGCUAGAUAUAGCCCUGGAAAGAGCAUUCACCACGUAUCUUCCGGACAUCGUGCAACCAAUGCUCCCAACCACCUUCUGUCGUGCCGCUGACAUGGGCAAUGACGGCGUGAAAACAAAGACAAUGUCCUUCUCGGUCAACGUUGAGUACAAGAAAUCAGGCGUCAGGGUUUUAGACCACACUUUCGAUGUAAAAUUGGGACUUGUGUCAAGAUUCCCAAAGGUGACCUAUUCUAAAGUCGAUCAGAUUUUAAGCGAUCCUUCAAACUCUACACGGGAGAAAAAAGAGUUGCAACAACUUUAUAAAAUCGCCAAAGGGUUAAGGCAAAAGAGAGUACGCGAGCAAAACGCCAUAAUUUUCGGUGAAGGGUUCAACAAAGGUCUGGUCAAAUUAAAUUCCGACAACGAUGGCGAACUGACGUGUGUUAGCUUUGAAGAUCAAACCGAAACGAGCUCUACCAUCCUAGUCUCAGAAAUGAUGAUCUUAGCUAAUACCCUCACCGGAAGGUUCUUCAAGACAAACGGCAUCCCAGGGAUAUAUCGUAGUUAUAAAGAACUUACGUUGAAAGAUACCGCAUUACAAGCUUACUCUUCAAUUCGAGAAAAGACAAAACUGGGUGAAUUCCCAACCAUCAGGGACAUAAAUAAAACCUCCUCUUUACUCAAUUCCAGUUUUUAUACUGGAAUUCCCACCCGGCACGAAAUGAUCGGUGCCCCCGAGUACUUAACCGUCACGUCUCCUUUACGCCGUUUCGCAGAUAUGGUCAACCAUUUUCAGCUCCAUCGAUAUCUCAGAAAUUUGCCCGCGUGCUUUACGCAAGAAGAAGUCGAUGGCCUUGCAUGGCAUAUCCAAUCAAGGGAUGUGAUACUUAGAACCGCAUCGAGAGCCUCCGCCACGUAUUGGACUUUGAAAUACCUAAAAGAAGAGCAGAAAAAAGACCCUUUACAAACUUACAAUGUGAUGGUCACAUCCGUCCCACAAAUGGGAACUGUAAGAUGUGUAUUUCCCACCCUCAACGCUGCCAGAGGUAUCUUAAAGCUCAACCCUAAAAAAGCCGCCUCUGUUGCCAUCGGAGACGAAAUUUCAGGAUGCAAAAUUACUAGGCUGCAUUGUUUAGAUGGAAUAAUGGAAUUGGAAAUGCCCUGA